AUGAACUGCUGCAUAAUCAGCUGUGGUCAGGACGCAGAUCUCAGAGACAAGUCAGCAUACCUGUUCGACCAAGGUGGAAGCUUUGGAAAUCUUCUGAGGUCGCUGAGACGUAUGGAAGCUGACAUGUCCGAGAGACAGCCAACGAAGAAGACUGUGAGUAAAGCUGCCACAUCAACUGAGACAUGUGAACUACGGGAGAUGAAAGGUAUUAUUAAACAGCUAUCAGACGACGUUGCUAAACUCAAGAACUCUUCUGGUAACUAUGAUAAACCUACUACACAGCAGCAGCCACGUCGAUACUUGAGACAACAGCAGCCACAACAGCUUCCGUUUGUCAAGCAAAGAGAACGUCAACCACCAAGAGGUGAACCAGUUUGUCUCCGCUGUGGGCAACCAGAAUACCUGAAGUAUGGAUGCAGGUACUGGGAGUGGGAGAGAUCACCGUUACCUUUCUUUGCUCAGGACUGGGAGUGGGUGAGAUCACCGUUACCUUUCUUUGUUCAGGACUGGGAGUGGGAGAGAUCACCGUUACCUUUCUUUGCUCAGGACUGGGAGUGGGUGAGAUCACCGUUACCUUUCUUUGCUCAGGACUGGGAGUGGGUGAGAUCACCGUUACCUUUCUUUGUUCAGGACUGGGAGUGGGACUGGGAGUGGGUGAGAUCACCGUUACCUUUCUUUGCUCAGGACUGGGAGUGGGUGAGAUCACCGUUACCUUUCUUUGCUCAGGACUGGGAGUGGGUUAGAUCACCGUUACCUUUCUUUGUUCAGGACUGGGAGUGGGAGAGAUCACCGUUACCUUUCUUUGUUCAGGACUGGGAGUGGGAGAGAUCACCGUUACCUUUCUUUGUUCAGGACUGGGAGUGGGUGAGAUCACCGUUACCUUUCUUUGUUCAGGACUGGGAGUGGGUGAGAUCACCGUUACCUUUCUUUGCUCAGGACUGGGAGUGGGUGAGAUCACCGUUACCUUUCUUUGUUCAGGACUGGGAGUGGGAGAGAUCACCGUUACCUUUCUUUGCUCAGGACUGGGAGUGGGAGAGAUCACCGUUACCUUUCUUUGCUCAGGACUGGGAGUGGGUGAGAUCACCGUUACCUUUCUUUGUUCAGGACUGGGAGUGGGAGAGAUCACCGUUACCUUUCUUUGCUCAGGACUGGGAGUGGGUGAGAUCACCGUUACCUUUCUUUGCUCAGGACUGGGAGUGGGUGAGAUCACCGUUACCUUUCUUUGUUCAGGACUGGGAGUGGGAGAGAUCACCGUUACCUUUCUUUGCUCAGGACUGGGAGUGGGAGAGAUCACCGUUACCUUUCUUUGCUCAGGACUGGGAGUGGGAGAGAUCACCGUUACCUUUCUUUGUUCAGGACUGGGAGUGGGUGAGAUCACCGUUACCUUUCUUUGUUCAGGACUGGGAGUGGAUGAGAUCACCGUUACCUUUCUUUGUUCAGGACUGGGAGUGGGUGAGAUCACCGUUACCUUUCUUUGUUCAGGACUGGGAGUGGGAGAGAUCACCGUUACCUUUCUUUGCUCAGGACUGGGAGUGGGUGAGAUCACCGUUACCUUUCUUUGCUCAGGACUGGGAGUGGGAGAGAUCACCGUUACCUUUCUUUGUUCAGGACUGGGAGUGGGAGAGAUCACCGUUACCUUUCUUUGUUCAGGACUGGGAGUGGGAGAGAUCACCGUUACCUUUCUUUGUUCAGGACUGGGAGUGGGAGAGAUCACCGUUACCUUUCUUUGUUCAGGACUGGGAGUGGGACUGGGAGUGGGUGAGAUCACUGUCACCUGUUUAUGUUCAGGACUGGGAGUGGGACGGGGAGUGGGUGAGAUCACCGUUACCUUUCUUUGCUCAGUACUGGGAGUGGGUCAGAUCACUGUUACCUUUCUUUGCUCAGUACUGGGAGUGGGUGAGAUCACUGUUACCUUUCUUUGCUCAGGACUUUGAGUGGGCGAGAUCACUGUUACCUUUCUGUGCUCAGUACUGGGAGUGGGUGAGAUCACUGUUACCUUUCUUUGCUCAGUACUCGGAGUGGGUGAGAUCACUGUUACCUUUCUUUGCUCAGGACUUUGAGUGGGCGAGAUCACUGUUACCUUUCUGUGCUCAGUACUGGGAGUGGGAGAGAUCACUGUUACCUUUCUGUGCUCAGUACUGGGAGUGGGAGAGAUCACUGUUACCUUUCUUUGUUCAGGACUGGGAUUGGGUGAGAUCACCGUUACCUUUCUUUGUUCAGGACUGA